AUGGUGAGCCAAAAUAUGUCCUGUACUUAUAAUGAGCUUGAAAGAUAUGUUGUAUCAGCUCCGCCUAAAAAGAAAAGCUCGGGUAAAAAGUCAGCCAAGGUCAAGUCUGCUGCGCUCAUAGAUGGACUCACCAAAGACGAGCUGUCAAAGGAGCAGAUGAUGGAGCACAUUGCCACCCUGCGCGAAGAGCUGGACAGAGAGCGGGAAGAGAGGAACUACUUCCAGCUGGAGCGGGAUAAGAUCCACUCUUUUUGGGAUGUGACCAAGAAGCACUUGGAAGAGGCCGUGGCCCAACUCAGAAAUGAAGAGAAGAAGAUUGAGGAGGAUGAGGGACGUCACCUUGUUGAGAUUAAAGUAUACAAGCAGAAAAUGAAGCACCUGCUGUGUGAGCACCACAACACCAUUUCUGAGUUGCAAUCAGACCAUGAAACGAAUGUGGAGGCCAUGACAAAAGAGCAAACCAAGCUGGAGCAGGAGCUUUACAAAAGGAUAAAAGCCAUCACGAUCGACAUGAACGAGCUCGAUGUGGAAAACCUUGUCAAUGAGCUCGAAAAGCGACACAAUGACGAACUGGCUAAAACAAAAAAGAGCUGGGAGGAUCAACUGGCAGAAACAGAGGCCCGCUACAGGGAAAAAUUGGAGCUGUUGCAUCAGGAGCUGGUCAACAUGAGAAAGAAGGAAAUCAUUGAACGAGAGCACCAGUGGAACAGUCGGAUAAGUGCUUUGACCGCAAACCACCACAAAAUAUUUGGUGACGCACUCUCGCUCCUCAAUCAAACCAUGGAACGAGAUUUAUUUCACAAUGAUUCGUUGAAGAAACAAAUAGAAGAAACAAAGAUGAAACAAAAAGAAAAGGAAAAAACUCUGACUCAUGUUCUACCGGAAAACAAGCAUCUCAAUAAGCUUCUACUUGACGUCCAGGAAAAAACUGCUGACGUUCAGAGAAAAAUGAAGAACCCCAUUCGGAAAGAGGAUGCAAUUGAAAAGAUGAGAGAAAAGGAACUCCAAGCUCAGCAACAGAAAUUAGAGCAACUGAAGCAAAAAUUCACUGAGCUUCAGCGGGAACGAGAUGAGCUGUGUGCGUCCCUCGCUCAGGACAUUGAGAGUGCUCAGCGGGAAGAAGAUGAGAAGAACGCUAAGAUGGAGGAAAAAGUAAAGGACAUAGUGGAAAACCUGGAGACGACACAGGCCAAGAUCUCUGCUGUCUUAUUGGUAUCCAAUGUGGACAAAUGUGCACUCAAUAACAACACAAGCAGUGUUGAGGAUAUAAUAGACUCCAGCAAUAAAUCCAUUAAGGAUUUGCAAUACAAAAUAUCCCGAAUUUCCAAGGCCCGUGAUGAUUUACUGCUGAGGUUUGAGACGAAGCAAAGAGCUCUUGGUGUACCUGUGGAUGAACUUAGUGUUCCAUUUUCCUCAUUUGGGAAUAAAUAUUGGGUGUAUAAUGAGCUUUAA